AUGGUGUGCUGCGAGCUGAUAGCAAAAUGCUUCCCAGAAGCUACUUUUACAACGGUGAUUGUGUCUGUCGGAACCAGGAUGGGGCCUCACAAGGACAAGUUUAACGAGAGCCAGACAUACAACUUUGUUGUACCGGUAAGCGAGAGGGCGGGCGAAGCUAUGAUCUGGACAGAAGAGGAACAGUGUGCGAGUGAGGGUGGCAAGGCCGCCGGGAUAGAGAAAGAGGUGCUUCCGGGAAAAUGGAUAUGGGGAAGGACUCGGAAGGUGGAUAGUGGGCUAAAGUUCAAUCCAAGAGUUUGGCAUGCUACCGAAGAUGCCUUGGCGCCGGAGGAUAGAGUGAUAGCGGUGGGAUAUACCCUGGCAGCGGGUAAAAAGGCAUCUGUGGACGACAAGUGGAAGUUGAUGAGGCUGGGCUUCAGAUUGGAUGAGCACUUUGCGACAUUAGCGGAUGGCUUAUGCCAGGCAGCGUGUGCAGACGAUGGUGGGGAAGGGGAAGAAUAUGUAGAUCACGACGCCGAGGAAGAGCAAGCGUAUGCCAUGGCAUCCAAGGCGAAGUUCGACACUCCGGCGUCACCCGGAUUGUUCCUAGGUUACGCGCUCCAACCAGGGGGUGUUCCGAGCGGAGACUAUAUAGUGGUUGAGCUGGCGCACCUGUAUCACGGAUGGACGGUACCGUCGAUACACCGCGUGAAGAGGAUAGUACUUGACGAGGAGAUGCCCAACUACUUCCCGAUGCAAGCUGUGGCUGAUAGGAAGUCGAGAAUCAUGACAGCGACUCGAGCUGAUGCCCUGGCCAGAUUGGAACUGGAGAGAGAGGGGCAGCAAGGAGAGGAGACGGAGGAAAUCUUCGCAGAGGAGAGAAGGGUACGAGCCGAUGUGAUGAGACAAAUUAAGUGCGACGAUCAGCAUCUUCAAAACGGGGAUUUCUGGGAACAUGAUGAGAUAGACCAUUCGUGGACGCUUCAUCACAUCUUACCCCGAAAGGAGCUGUGUACCCCAGGCGAGGAGGUCAAAGGUACAGGUGGCCCCGGGGAUAGAGAGCUGGGUCCAAGGAGGCGAACGUGGAUAGUGUACGCCGAUGGUACAUCGGAGGUGCUGGAUGAGGAUAGAAUGAAGGGCAAGAAGAAGAUCACCAAGAAAUGGACGGGGUGCACUACGUUCUGGGAAAAGGGGGAGCCUGAGGGAGAGAUAGAUGAUGAAGCCAAGGAGCGGGCGCGGGGAGAGAAGGCGACGGGUAUACGGGGGGUGGGUUUAGACUACGAACAAGACAUGCCCAGAAUAGAGCGGCCGUACGCGAGAUCUCACAAACCCAACUCCAUUUCGUCAGCAGAGUGGAAUAGGAUGAGCCCGGGACAGCGACUACGUUAUAUCGAGGGAGACAAAGAGAGGAUCAUCAGAGGAGAGAGGCCCCCUUCGGCCGUUCGAGGGCAAGAGGAAAUAGGACCGCGUCCCGCAGAAAUUGGAGCUCGAGAAUGGAUGGAGAAAAUCACCGACCAUGGCCAGGAAUUCUCACCGCCGGAGUACCGAUGGGAUCCCCCACCGGGAAUGCCUGAGGGUGGCCGAGUAUGGGCAGUAAGAAACAAUCGCGCCACAUCCUACCGAUUCUAUGGCGGAAGGGACAAAAGACGGCUUGAGCUCUGGUGGAGGGUCACUCGGAGCGCUAAUACUGGAGAGGUCUUAGAAUCCAUUGAGUACGACUCUUGUAUACAGGCAGAGAUGAUGCGCAAUAGAGGGAGAUACCGAUUCGUUGUGCCCAGGGACAUCAUCACGGAGUUCUGGUACAUCCCCGACGGAGGAGAAGACCGACGAAUCAGGGAUAGAGGAGAAUCAGCAGAACCUGCUGCACCGGCGUCCAGGAUGGGGGAUACUGAGGAGGUUACGAAAACCAUCAACCAAUUGUGCAGCACAGCUGGAAUAGCGCGAACGCCGUCCGACAACAUCGUUGGGGAAAUGAUGAGGGAGUUGGGCGAACAGCCUAAAGUGCAGAUCAUGGGGGUCGGAAUAGAAGAGAUCGGGGGUAACGGAGGUGAGAACGUAUCUUGGAUAUCGGGGGAAGGAUGUGUGAUAGGAGAGGGUGUGACAGAUGUGGUCAUUGCUAUCGAUGCGUCUAGCAACGGCAUGAGAAUAGAAGUUGAUCGGAAGGCAUCCGGGUGGAGACGUGAGGAAGGCCUAGAUAGUACGCGAGAGGCUCGAGAAAGAGUAUUUGGCAAUGUAGAAAAGGUUAUCACAGACGCCAACAGCAGAGGAAUAGUGGCUACGACCAUCUGGAUAGGCGGUAAAAGUCGACUGGCUGACGAGACCAUUGUUCGGAUGGCGCUUGCCUGGGACAUGUGGAUAGUGCGGAGUGAUGGAUGCAUGCUGGGCAUGCAUGACGGGGUAGACGCGUCGUGUUACAUAGGAGUCGUCACACCAUGUAUGAUGAAUGCGAUCGCGGCGGACAUGUUAGCAUGCGAUCAUAUGCCAAGGGAUCAUGAGUUAAUGUCGCGCAUGGUGAGGACAUCGGACACGAAGACGGACGUACAGCGAGAGCAGGAGUGUAAAGCGAUACGCGAAAUGAUCAAGGUGAUAAAGGACGCGAUAGACAUCUGCGGCGAGGAAGAGGAUGACUCGGUGUCGAUGGCGUGUGAAGAACACGAGGGAGAGUAUAUCGGAUAUGGCAGUGGCAUGGUGACACUUGACGUAGACUCCUUGGCGAACUAUGCUGCUGCGGCGGCCGAGGAUGGGGCACCAUACAUCAGUCGUGCGGAGACCAGAUGGAAAAGAUGCAUAGUUAUGAACAAUCCUGGCCGAGAGGCAAUGGGGGAGAUCUUCGGACCCCGAGCGAAACACAUACAAGACCUGCGCGUGAUCCUGGUCGACGGCGACGACAUAGGCAAGGUUAUGAUGAUGAAGCCAAACAGUCGCCGCAUCAGACAUAGUACCGGAGGGGCCGCAGUAGCUUACCCUGGAGAAGAGCUCGAGGUGGGAGACAUGAACGGCGACGGAUGGAUGAUAGUGCUGAUCGGGGAGAGGGAGAACAGCGACACAGAUCGACGCCACGACCAAGAUAGAGAGGAAAGCUCCGGAUUCGACGACCAGAGCGAUGUGUUUGACUCGGAAGGAUGGACGCUGUCAGACUUGGAAGAGGAACGGGAACCGGUGGAUGAGGCAUUCUUCAGGGCCAGACACGCCGAAACCAUUAACCUCGAAACUAUGGAGAAGGGCGAAUGCAACAUAGUCAUGUGGGAGGCAGAGAGAAACGCACUAGUCCUCGAACUAAAGGACGACGUCCAUGUUCCACUGAUAGGAUACACCUGGGUUCGUACUGGGAUAGCGUAUCCGGAAGAUCCUGGCACCAGUGUAAGAGUGUCUGCGCUCGGGCAGCUUGUGGCAGAGACCAUGUGCGACGUCAUAGGAUACGAGGUAUCACCUGAGCGAGAGAUCCUGGUGGCUAUACAGAAUAGAAAUAGCUUUCCCAUCACGUUUGGAGGAGGAGGGGGGCCAAUCAUGAGAAUGGAAUUCGCUAAGGGAGUAUGUCUACGGCCGAGGAUGCGCGGGUGCAUGAUGCCUGAGAACGUGAAGGAAGUGAGACAUCGUAGGGCACAUCGGGAGAGCAAGAAAGCAAUCUGGGCAAGAGAGGCCCGUGCGAGGGAAAGGGACAGGGAUAGUGUGGAUCAUGGGCUGAGAGCAAGGAGGAAUAGAGAUGAGGAUAGGCGGCGAAUCGGCAUCAAGCAUGUCUCGAAUAGGACAUACAAGUGCCGAGAAUGUCGACGACUGUUGGAGGGAAAAGCCAAGGUACCUAGCUUGAUCCUCACGUCGAUGACGCUUUGCUUCGCAUGCUUCAUGAACAAGCAUACUACCCCCUUUGAUAAUUUGAUCCGGCAGGGUUAUCAGACUGAAGACGAGGAGUAUGGAGAUGGAAUAGUCGCAGUCCCUGCUAUACAGGUGGAUGCAGAUCAAGAGGAUAGUUGGGAAGAGGUUGCGGAAAAUGAAAUGUGUGAUAACAUCGACGAGACAGUGGGAGAGUGUGAGCCACUGAUGGCCACAAUCAUAGAGGACGAAGAGGAGGACAUCGAGGAAGUUUUCGGACUUGUCGCUAGACCCGUGACGAAGGCUGAGAGGGCGAUCAACCCCAAGGCUCGGGCAGCGCUUGAUAAAGAAUGGAAAAAGCUGAUGGAUCAAGUGGUCUGGAUAAUGGAGGAGGUGCGUUCGUGGAAGGACGUUCAACGGGAGGCAAUGGAUAGAGGGGAAAUAGCUCAUGUAGGUCGUAUCUUUGACAUCUGUGUGGAAAAGAACUGGGAGCUUGCUGAAGACGAUCCUCUUAGAAAGUAUAAGGGGAGAGUUGUGUUUGAGGGAUGUCAUGUCAAAGACCAGGAGGGAAAGUGGGCCAUCUUUCAGGAAAUCACAUCAUGUCCCGCGACACUUGAGGCAGGCAAGAUGGCGGAUGCCUAUGGGAUGCUGCCAGGACAUGACAUCGAGAUGUCGGACGGUGAGUCGGCAUACACGCAGGCGCUGUUGGGGGGGCCUAAAACAUGGAUACGGAUCCCGAGGGAUAGGUGGCCAGAUGAAUGGGAGGGCAUAGACGACCCCGUGGUGCCACUGAGACUAGCUUUAUACGGGCAUCCGGAUGCCGGGGGGUUCUGGGAAAAGCACUGCGAAAAGGCCGUGACUGAGGUCGGCUUCGAAUUCCUCUCAGAUUGGCCUAGUGUGUUCUUCCAUAAGGAGCUGAAGCUGAUGCUGGUGAUCUACGUCGACGACUUCAAGCUUGCGGGGCCCAAAGAGAACUUAGCGAUAGGAUGGGAGAAGCUGGCGAAGAGAAUCAAGCUCGAAGAGCCACGAAGUAUGGGCAGAUACUUAGGAUGCUUGCACACGGCUAGCGCGAUACCUUUUCGGUCGCCGUUUGAGCCGAGACACGAGUGGACGAAGAUCAUCGAGCCCAAGAAAGAACCGCCUAAUUUCGUGGGGAAGGCCGAGGCGAAGGAAGAUAGUCCAGAUGAGAUCAGGAUCCUUCGAUAUGAUGUUACCGAUUUCAUGAAGCAGUGUGUGGAUAGAUAUCAAGAGUUGUGCUCGACGGCAUAUCCUAAGCCACUGGAUAAAGCUAAGACCCCAUAUCUCGACGAGAGCCGCCCAGAGUUCGACGAGAACCCAGUAGACGACAAGGUGAACGAAAUUAUGGGGAUAGCCAAGUACGAGCUGCCGGAUGAGGGGCCGGGAGUGUUGAAAGAGCACGCCCCUGCGGUACUCAUGAAGAUCUUGUAUGGGGCCAGAGUCGGAAGGUAUGACCUACUGCGACCAGUACAGGUUCUGGCGUCGAGGCUGACGACCUGGACACAUCUCUGUGACAAGAGAAUGCAUAGACUGAUCUCAUACAUCAACGAGACGACCACAACGAGCCUCUACGGAUGGGUCGGGGAUAGGAUAGGAGACAUCCGUCUUGUACUAUACUGCGACGCCGAUCUUGCCAGCGACAAGAACGACCAUAGUCGAUGA